CCCUCAAGGACUCAUUCCAUGAUGUCUCUGUCUGUACGGCCUCAGCGCCGCCUGCUCAGCGCCCGGGUCAGUAGAAGCCAGUCUUUCGCAGGCGUCCUCGGUAACCACGAUCGGGGGCCCAGGAGCUUCCAGGCCUUCAGCCCCCCAGGGCCUCCACGGAAACCCCCAACACUCUUCCGAGUAUCUAGGAUGUUUUCUGUGGCACACCCAGCCCCCAAGGUGCCACAGCCUGAACGGCUGGACCUAGUGUAUGCAGCGCUCAAGCGGGGCCUGACGGCCUACUUGGAAGUGCACCAGCAGGAGCAGGAGAAACUCCAGGGACAGAUAAGAGAGUCCAAGAGGAAUUCCCGGCUGGGCUUCCUGUAUGACUUAGAUAAGCAAGUCAAGUCCAUUGAACGUUUCCUGCGACGACUGGAGUUCCAUGCCAGCAAGAUCGACGAGCUGUAUGAGGCAUAUUGUGUCCAGAGGCGUCUCCGGGAUGGUGCCUCCAAUAUGGUCCGUGCUUACACCACUGGGUCCCCAGGGAGUCGAGAGGCCCGAGACAGCCUGGCUGAAGCCACUCGAGGGCAUCGAGAGUACACAGAGAGCAUGUGUGUGCUGGAGAGCGAGCUGGAAGCACAGCUGGGCGAGUUCCAUCUACGGAUGAAAGGGCUGGCCGGCUUCGCUAGACUGUGUGUGGGUGAUCAGUAUGAGAUCUGCAUGAAGUAUGGACGUCAGCGCUGGAAAUUACGGGGCCGCAUCGAGGGCAGUGGGAAGCAGGUGUGGGACAGUGAGGAAACCAUUUUUCUGCCUCUGCUCACGGAAUUCCUUUCCAUCAAGGUGACAGAGUUAAAGGGCCUGGCCAACCACGUGAUCGUGGGCAGCGUUUCCUGUGAGACCAAGGACCUAUUUGCUGCCCUGCCCCAGGUUGUGGCUGUGGAUAUCAAUGACCUCGGCACCAUUAAACUUAGCCUGGAAGUCAUAUGGAGUCCCUUUGACAAGGAUGACCAGCCCUCAGCUGCUUCUAGUGUCAACAAGGCCUCCACAGUCACCAAACGCUUUUCCACUUAUAGCCAGAGCCCACCAGACACACCCUCACUUCGGGAGCAGGCCUUCUAUAAUAUGCUGCGACGACAGGAGGAGCUGGAGAAUGGGACAGCAUGGUCCCUGUCAUCUGAAUCUUCUGAUGACUCAUCUAGCCCACAGCUCUCAGGCACUGCCCGCCACUCCUCAGCCCCUCGACCCCUGGUGCAGCAACCUGAACCCCUGCCCAUUCAAGUCGCCUUCUGUAGGCCUGAGACCCCUACUGCUGGGCUCAUGAAUGAGGAGGGGGCCAUGGCCCCAGCCCUGGCUAAUGGACAUGCCCCCUACAGCAGGACACUGAGCCACAUCAGUGAGGCCAGUGUGGAUGCUGCCUUGGCAGAAACUUCAGUGGAGGCUGUGGGCCUGGAGAACCUAGGUCGAGUACCUAGCCCACCUGCCAACCUAGAUCCCAUCCAUGGGGAGCACGCUGGUCCUGUCUCUCCUACUCUUCCUGCCCUUGACCCUGGUCGUUCCACCAUAAGCCCAACCCACAAAUUGGCAAACCCUGGCCCAUCUGAACCACCAGACCCAGUCUCUUGUACUUCUGAACUGCCUGGCCCCACCCAUACCACUAUUAGCUCCACCCAUAGUGCCCUAAGUCCUACCCACAGUGCUGUAAGCCUCACCUACACUACCACAUGCUCAACUCACACUAUCAGAAGCCCCAUCCACCCACCACAAAUCUCUACCCCUACUACCACAAGCCCCACCCACACUACUGCAAGCUCUACCCCUACUACCACAAGCCCCACCCACACCACUGCAAGCUCUACCCCUACUACCACAAGCACCAUCCACACAAGCUCCACUCACAGUACCAAGAGCCCCACCCAUAUUGCCCAAAACUCUACUCACAAAACUAGAGUAUCAACUCUUACCACUACAAAUCCAACCUCCAAUGCUAUAAACCUAGUUGAGACCACUAAAAGUUCUAUGCACCCUGCCACAAGCCCCACCUACCCUGUCACAAAUUCUACAUGGACAACUGUGAGCCCUUCCACAUCUCCAAAUCUUGUUCUCUCCAGCUCCUCUGUGCACAGAGAGCCCAUCCUCCCAGCCUCCACCCCCUGCACUCAGGCUGACCCCAUAGCAUCUAGCACCUCUCACAGCUCCACUAGUUCUGGCUGGAAAUCCCUCACAAGCACUGCCCCAGAACCCAACCUUCCUAGCCCAAGUUCCCCUCCCUCUCCCCUAGUUCCUGUACCCCAGCAUUCUGACCUCACCCUGACCAUGCCUGCCGAGGCCCCAGUCCCAGAGACAGCUGGAGGGGCUGGGGACAGGAGGCUGGAGGAGGCACUGGGGACUCUAAUGGCGGCCCUGGAUGACUAUCGUGGCCAGUUCCCUGAGCUGCAGGGCCUGGAACAGGAAGUGACCCGGCUGGAGAGUCUGCUCAUGCAGAGACAAGGCCUGACCCGCAGCCGGACCUCUAGUCUUAGCAUCACUGUGGAGCAUGCUCUGGAGAGCUUCAGCUUUCUCAAUGAGGAUGAAAAUGAAGACAAUGAUGGGCCUGGGGACAGGCCUCCAAGCAGCCCGGAACCUGGGGCUGAGGACAGCCUAGACUCACCCAGUGCCCGCCCUUUCAGCACAGGGUGCCCAGCUCUGGAUGCUGCCCUGGUCCAGCACCUGUACCACUGCAGCCGCCUCCUGCUGAAACUAGGUAUAUUUGGGCCGCUGCGCUGCCAGGAGACAUGGGCCCUGGAGCGGCUGCUGCGGGAAGCCCGAGUGCUGGAGGCUGUGUGUGAGCUCAGUGGGCGAUGGGAGAUCCCUGUCACUUCAGCCCAGGAAGUGGUGCAGUUCUCACCCUCUCGGCCCGGCUUCCUGCCCUUCUGGGACCAGUGCACAGCGGGACUCAGCGUCUUCAUCUGCCCUGUGGAACGGGUGCUCCUUACCUUCUGCAGCCAGUAUGGUGCCCGCCUUGCCCUGCGCCAGUCAGGGUUAGCAGAGGCUGUGUGUGUCAAGUUCUUGGAGGAGGCCCUGGGGCAGAAGUUGCCCAGGAGGCCCCAGCCAGGCCCGGGAGAGCAGCUAACCAUCUUCCAGUUUUGGAGUUAUAUUGAAACCGUGGAUGGUCCCUCCAUGGAGGCCUAUGUGACUGAGACCGCUGAGGAGGUAUUUCUGGUGCGCAAUUUGAACUCAGAUGACCAAGCUGUGGUACUGAAGGCCUUGAGGUUGGCGCCUGAGGGACGGCUGCGUAAGGAUGGGCUGCGGGCCCUCAGCUCCCUGCUUGUCCAUGGCAACAAUAAGGUCAUGGCUGCUGUCAGCACCCAGCUCCGGAGCCUGUCACUAGGUCCUGCCUUCCGAGAGAGGGCCCUCUUGUGCUUCCUAGACCAGCUGGAGGAUGAGGAUGUACAGACUCGGGUAGCUGGCUGCCUGGCCCUGGGCUGCAUCAAGGCACCUGAGGGCAUUGAACCCCUGGUAUACCUGUGCCAAACGGACACAGAAGCUGUGCGGGAAGCUGCCCGGCAGAGCCUGCAACAAUGUGGAGAUGAGGGACAGUCUGCCCACCGAAGGCUGGAGGAAUCGCUAGACGCCCUGCCCCGCAUAUUUGGGCCAGGCAGCAUGGCCAGCACAGCAUUCUAACCCCCUCCCAGGUUUCUCAGCAUCCCACCCCCACUUUCAGGGCUCACCAGGCACUGGCAGGGAGGGUGAGGGCGGGCUCUGGACACCCCCAUAUUCCUUUCCAUGAAAAUCUAAUAUAUUCUGGUCCCUUUGGGGUUGGUAGUCAGUGCCUGCAGUCAAGUGCCUCCCAGCCUAGGCUCAGCACACCCCUCACCACAAAUCAGUGUUCAGAGCCUGGCCACCCUGCCUUGGUCCCCCACAUCCCUUGGUUUUGUAUAUUAUUUACAGUUUUACAGAAAAUAAAAAAGCAAAAUGCCUUUCCUA